AUGUCUUCUACCUCACAACAGCUUCGUGUUGGUGUUCUCUCAAGUCCAGGCUUGGGCCACAUUAUCCCAGCACUAGCCCUCAGCAACCGCCUCGCCACUCACCAUAACGUCUCAGUCACCGUUUUCGCUAUCAGCUUCGGCAGCUCUGCGGCGGAAACAGAGAUCCUCACGUCCGCCAAAAAUUCAAAGCUGAUUAAUAUAAUUGAAAUACCAGCAGUAGAUAUCUCGAACCUCAUCGAUGCCAACACAAAAAUGAUUGCCCUACUUUGCAUACUUGUACGUGAAACGUUACCUGUUGUUAAGUCUGUAAUAUCUGCGGAGAAGCAUAUUCUGGACGCUCUCAUCGUUGAUCUUUUUUGCCCUGAAGCCUUGCCAAUUGCCAAAGAAUUUGGGUUACCCAACUAUUUAUUUAUUCCUACGAAUGCAUGGUUUACAGCUUUGACUAUAUACUGUCCUGUUCUUGACAAAGAAAUUGAGGGUGAAUAUGUUGAUGAGGACGAACCGUUGCAAAUCCCGGGUUGCAAACCGGUUCAUCCGGAAGACGUUGUUGAUCCUAUGUUGGACCGGAACGAUGAGCAGUAUCACGAGUACUUGAGGGUACAUGGAGCCGGGUUCUGUUUGUCUGAUGGAAUCUUGAUGAACACUUGGGAAGAUGCUGAGACCGGCUCACUCAAAGCGCUUCGAGAAAAUGAAAUAUUGAAAGCGAUCCUGAAUAAUACACUGAUUUAUCCAAUUGGACCGUUGAUAAGAUCACAGGACAAAGAAAUCAUAAAUGAGAGUGGUGAUGAUAGGAACUUUGUCCUCAAUUGGCUGGAUGAACAAACUCCCGAAUCAAAGUUCAUUUGGGUGGUGAGGCCACCGUUAGAGGUUGUCGUAGACUACCUCGGUGUAGACAAAGAAGGCGGUGAUGGCACUCCUGAGUACUUGCCAGAAGGUUUUCUAACUCGAACGAAAGAUUUUGGAUUGGUGAUUCAGGUGUGGAGUGAUCAAGCAGGAAUUUUGAACCACCCGUCAGUUGGGGGAUUUUUGUCACACUGCGGAUGGAAUUCUUGUAUUGAGAGUAUAACAAAUGGUGUGCCAAUAAUUGCAUGGCCGUUGUACGCUGAACAGAGACAAAAUGCCACCAUGCUGACGGAGGAACUUGGUGUGGCUGUCAAGCCAAAGGUGUUGCCAACAAAGAAAGUAGUGGAAAGGGAGGAAAUAGAGAAAUUGGUGAGAUCGGUAAUGCAAUAUGAAGAAGGAAAGGACUUGAGGGAAAUGUGA